AGGGAGUGACAGGCGUGCACUUGGGCUGCGCCUCUGCCGCUUUGCGUGCGAGGACUCGAACGAGUGCCUGGAAGACGUGGUUUUCAAAGUUAAUAAUGAAAACAUUUGUCAUUGGAAUCAGCGGUGUGACAAAUGGUGGGAAGACAACCCUGGCUAAAAAUUUGCAGAAACAUUUCCCUAAUUGCAGCGUCAUAUCACAAGAUGACUUCUUUAAGCCAGAGUCUGAGAUAGAGACAGAUAAAAAUGGAUUUCUGCAGUAUGAUGUGCUUGAAGCGCUUAACAUGGAAAAAAUGAUGUCAGCCAUUUCCUGCUGGAUGGACAGCCCGAGACACUCUCUGGUAUCAAAAGACAGGGGAAGCAAUGAGGAAACUUCCAUUUUAAUCAUUGAAGGUUUCCUUCUCUUUAAUUAUAAGCCCCUUGAUACUAUAUGGAAUAGAAGCUAUUUUCUGACCAUUCCUUAUGAAGAAUGUAAGAGGAGGAGGAGUACAAGAGUCUAUGAGCCUCCAGACCCCCCAGGCUACUUUGAUGGCCAUGUGUGGCCCAUGUAUCUGAAGCACAGACGGGAAAUGGAGGACGUCACAUGGGACAUCAUUUACCUAGAUGGAACAAAAUCUGAGGAGGACCUCUUUUCACAAGUGUAUGAAGAUCUAAUACAAGAAUUGGCAAAACAAAAAUUGUGUCCUGUAUUUUAGCCAGCACUUCGACUUGAGCAGCAACUCCGAUAUGUAUCAAGAAGCCAGGGUUUUUCAUCCCUGGCUUGUGGACCUAUUAUCAAAUCACAGGAAAACAGCGAAGUUCCCAGCAUAGUGCCAGCUCCAAGGCAGGAAGAUGGAUGUAGAGAGGAAAGACAGCCACAUAUCUUCCAAAAACCGCCAACAGUGUCCCCAACAGACUUCCCUGUGUGUCUCCAGGGCUCACAUGGCUACUUCUUAACGCAAGGGAGCCUGGGAAGCAGAUGUCAUGAUGGAUUUGUACCAGUUAUGAUUCACUGUCUGGGAAUGUUGCCACAGAAACAAAAUCAAGCCUCUUAGCCUCUUUUAGCAAGGAAGGAGGAGGAAAAUGGUAAGCCACUGGAAAUGUCUACCACAGCCAUUUUCUGCAUACCCUCUCUGGCCAUGAUUUAAUCAAGCUUAGGUUGGUGUUAUUUGUGUUAUAAAACUAUAAUUAUUUUUUAAUAAAAGCAUAGGUAUGACUUUUUAAACCUAAUUUCAAAGAAUUUUUGAAGUAUCCCCUGCUUUUUUUCC